AUGCCGGUGAGGAGGGGACACGUCGCCCCCCAGAACACUUUCCUAGACACAAUCAUCCGGAAAUUCGAGGGACAAAAUCGUAAAUUCAUCAUCGCCAAUGCACGAGUGGAGAACUGUGCCAUCAUCUUCUGCAAUGAUGGCUUCUGUCAUAUGUGUGGCUACACACGUGCUGAGGUCAUGCAGAAGCCGUGUACCUGCAGCUUCCUAUACGGGCCUCACACGGGGAGGUCUGCUGUGGCUCAGAUGGCUAAGGCCCUCCUGGGCUCUGAGGAGAGGAAGGUGGAGAUCUCCCUGUAUAGGAAAGAUGGGGUGUGUUUCCCAUGCUUCGUGGAUGUGGUUCCAGUAAAAAACGAGGAUGGAAUGGUCAUCAUGUUCAUCCUGAACUUUGAGCUGGCAGACCAGCAGGACAGAGGAGCAAACAGUUCACCACUAAAAGCGCGCAACGUCAAACUGCCCAUUCCCUGGCUCACUAAAGCUUGCAGCAGACGCAGGUUCAGGCUUCCCCGGCCUCUGCUGCACCCUCUGAGCGGCAAUAAGCAGUCUCUGCGUGAUGAUGCUGAGAUGGGUCACAUGCGUGAGAUGCCUCACAUGGGCCAUGAGUCAGUGGCUCUGGACAAGCUGCUGUCCCUUCCAGAACGUGCUGCACUAGAGGGGCCUCCGUUGCUCCUGUGGGAGGACGAGCCCCCGUCAGAGUCUCUCUCAGCGCCGGCCCAGCCCCUGAUCCAGGGCUUCUCUCAGUCCUCCCCCCGGCUGCACUGCCCCAAGCCAGAGACAUCGCCCUCCAACUGCAGCAUGUCCCACAGCCGCUCCUGCGAAAGCCUGUGCAGCAUGCGCCGCUCACCCUCCAACGACUUCAACUGGGACAAAAAGCUGCCCAUCAGGCCCAACAGCACAGGUACCAUGCGUCGUAAAACCAGCAUGCCCAACUCCACAUCAGACUCAGACCUGAUGCGUUUCCGUACGUUAAAUACAGGUCCUGCAACAUCGCACAACUUAAUAGACUUCAAGCCGGACCCUUUGGUAACUCUCCCUCCGAGCGAAAUUGACAUCAUUGCUCCCUGCAAACUGAUCGACCGCACCCACAACGUGACUGAAAGAGUUACUCAGGUACUUUCUCUGGGUGAUGACGUCCUUCCUGAGUACAAGCUCCAGGCUCCCCGCAUCCACAAAUGGACCAUACUGCACUAUAGUCCCUUCAAGGCUGUGUGGGACUGGGUCAUUCUGCUGCUGGUCAUCUACACGGCCAUCUUCACACCCUACUCAGCGUCCUUCUUGCUCAGUGAUGAGGAGGAGGCUGCCAUGCAGCGCUGUGGCUACUCCUGCAGUCCUCUCAAUGUGGUGGAUCUCAUUGUGGACAUCAUGUUUGUUGUUGAUAUUGUCAUUAACUUUCGCACAACAUACGUCAAUACCAAUGAUGAGGUGGUCAGUCAACCUGGCCGCAUUGCUGUCCACUACUUUAAAGGCUGGUUUCUCAUUGACUUGGUGGCUGCAAUUCCAUUCGACUUGCUUAUCUACCGGUCUGGGGAGGAGACAACAACUCUGAUUGGUCUGCUGAAGACUGCUCGGCUACUGCGACUGGUGCGUGUGGCGCGUAAACUGGACCGGUACUCAGAGUACGGGGCAGCAGUUCUCUUCCUGCUCAUGUGCACCUUUGCUCUGAUUGCUCACUGGCUGGCUUGCAUCUGGUAUGCGAUAGGAAACGUGGAGAGAAGUGGCUCAUCUCGAAUUGGCUGGCUAGACUCUCUGGGUGAACAGCUUGGCAAGCCCUAUAAUGAGACCAUUCCAGGUUCAGGACCAUCAACAAAAGACAAGUAUGUCACUGCUCUUUACUUCACCUUCAGCAGCCUGACUAGUGUGGGUUUUGGAAAUGUCUCCCCAAACACCAACUCUGAGAAGAUCUUCUCCAUCUGCGUUAUGCUCAUUGGUGCACUGAUGUACGCCAGUAUUUUUGGAAAUGUAUCGGCUAUUAUCCAGAGACUUUACUCUGGAACUGCUCGCUACCACACCCAGAUGCUCCGAGUGCGAGAGUUCAUUCGCUUCCAUCAGAUCCCUAAUCCACUCAGGCAGAGACUAGAGGAGUAUUUCCAACAUGCCUGGUCCUACACCAACGGUAUUGACAUGAAUGCUGUGAGUCCCAUUUUCAAGCAUAUAUUCUGAGUUCUUAAGGGCUUCCCUGAAUGCUUGCAGGCAGACAUCUGUCUGCACCUGAACCGGGCUCUACUGCAAAACUGCAAAGCCUUCAAAGGCUCCACCAAAGGCUGCUUACGCGCCCUAGCUAUGAAGUUCAAGACAACUCAUGCCCCACCCGGAGACACUUUAGUCCACGCAGGCGAUGUCAUUUCAGCCCUUUACUUCAUCUCCCGAGGGUCCAUCGAAAUCCUGAGGGGAGAUGUGGUAGUAGCCAUCUUGGGAAAAAAUGAUAUAUUUGGGGAACCCAUUAACUUGUUUGCACGUCCUGGGAAGUCCAGCGCUGAUGUGCGAGCACUAACCUACUGUGACCUGCACAAGAUCCACAGAGAGGAUGUGCUGGAAGUGCUGGACAUGUACCCGGAGUUCUCUGAUUACUUCUGGAGCAAUCUGGAGAUCACCUUCAACCUCAGAGAUGUUAGUAUUAUUUCUGGGUCGGUGAACAGUGAGGAGUCGGACAAGGCCUGCCUGAACCGUCAUCUGCAGAGAUCAAGGCUGUCCUUCUGUCGCAACAAUGAGAAAGGUACAGUAAAGGCAGAACCCAAACCCAAGAGAACGACUCUUCAGCCUCUGAACCAGAAGAGCAGGCAGCAAGACGACAAGGAACAAAGAGUUCAUGAGGACUCCGACUCCUCAUCCUCGCACACCAGCAGUGAUGAUGAGGAUGAAUCUAGAGAAACCUCCACUCUAGUGGGCUUCUUCCAGAGUCACACUCCAAGCUUCAACAUCAGCAAUAAAAAAGAGCAAAACAGCUGUAACACUCUCUCAGGAACUUUUUCAGGGGUUUCUAACAUCUUCAGUUUCUGGGGAGAAAGUCAAGGGCAUCAGUACCGGGAGGUGCCCAGCCACAGCAUGUCCUGUCCUCCUCCCUCACCCCCACCCAGCUCUUUCUUGCACAAUAUAACCCCCCGUCAACACAGCGAGGUGGAAAACAGACUGGAACUGCUGCAGAAACAGCUUAACAGAUUGGAGUCACGUAUGUCCACAGACAUUGGAGCCAUUAUGCAGGUUCUUCAGAGACAGAUGUCAUUGGUUCCACCGGCCUACAGCACUGUGACCUCUCCACCCGAAUCAUCUCCAAAACCACCAAAAUCUGGACAGAAGCUAGUGCAACCAGUCAACCCUUUAGAAAUGGAAACACCAUCCACUCUCUCACCGAUACUUGAUCCUAAGGACGUUGGUGACAUUUCUGCAAAGUCUUGUGAGUCACUGCAGGGUACUGAGGAGCUCCAGCUGUUGGACUGUCCACUGGACUCCUCUCCUGAGAGUUUAGUGCUUGACCCACACAUCCAAAGAGCAGACACAGGGCCAUUGAGCACUACCAGUAGCCCUGAGAGGAUCUCCCAUGUCAUGAGCACUCACCCUGACAGACAGCCAAUGACUGGUCUUCUAGUGAAUUCUACCCUUGGAAGGAGCUUCCAUGAAUCUACUAGCCAUCAAUAUGCUGGACUGAGGCUAGAUUUGAUGCCUUCUGAAUGUGGAAGACGGCUUUCUUUGCAAGGGCCACACCCAAUGGAGAAGUGCUCCUCAAUUCAGCAGAGACAUGCCUCUGAUCCUGGAUGUUAA